CAAUCACACGCGUCACAUCGUCUCCACCCCGCUGGCGCAAUGGCCUCGCGGCUGUUGUCCGCGCUGCGGAAGGGCCAUGACACGCUGCUGGAGGCGCUGCAGGAGGUUGGUGGACUUGAGGAGCUUCCUGAGGAGGACUGUGGAGAACUGGGGCGAUGUAGCCUGCUGAUCCACGCAGCCUACGCGGGCGAUUGCCAGGUGAGACGGUGGAGGCUGUUGAGACCUUGGUCUCGCAUGGCGCCGACUUUCGGAGCCUCAGCGGUGCAGGCGGCAGUGGGUCAGUGGGGAACUGCAUCGACUGGCUCUGCUGGCGACAGGAGCCACGCGUGGCACAGACCCUGGAGCUGCUGCUGGCGCGCUGGGCGGAGCAAUUCUCAGAGGCGGAGGUGAAGACCAUGCUGAAUACUCCGCGCCAUCUAAGCCGGACGCCUUUGAUGAACGCGGUCUUCGCGCCCAACGUGGCCUCGACGGAGGUCCUCCUGCGGCACGGGGCGGAUGCGGCUUAUGCCGGGGAGGAUGGCUCGUGCGCGCUGGAUCUGGCUGCGCAGUUGGGUGGUAGCAGGGGAAGCAAGCUGGUGCAGAUGCUCCUCGAGGCCCAUGCAGACCCCAACGUGGGCAGCAUUGGCCCGCUGUUCCUGGCGGCGCAAGAAAACUCUGAGACGUCUGUGAAGGCUCUGCUGGCAGCCAAAGCGCGGCCAGGCGGCCUUGGUUUCGAUGGUCCGGGCGGCAAAGACCGAGAAGCCUUGACGACACCAGUGGAGUGCGCGGCGCGCUUCGGCUUUCUGCGCGUUCUGAAGCUCCUGCUGGCGGCCGACGGGGCUCCCCGAGGUCUGGACUUGAAGCUGGCUCUGACCUUGGCGCAAGAGGCCGGUCACAGCGAUGUGGAGCGGAUCUUGCUCCGCGCCGGCGCGGCGCCCGAUGCGAAGCGCCCCGCGGACGCGGACGCGCUGGAGGAAGCGCUGCUGUUGCCGGAAGGCUUUGUGCCGGGGCAAGCGGACAGUGAAGAAGUGGAAGGUCAGAUUCAGGUGGAAGAGGUGGAUGGCUCCUAUCGCCUGCGCUUUCCGGGGCCGAGCCACUUGACGGCGAGCAGCGCAACGCCGGCGCGGAUGUGCGCGGCGCAUGAUUCCUUCUACUACGAAGUCUUGGUCGAGGAGCUGGAUCUCUUAGUGGCUUUGGGCUUCGCACGGCAAGCCUCCACGCCCCUCCACACGCUGCCGGGCUGGACGAAGGGCACCUAUGGCCUUCACAGCGAUGAUGGGCUGCUGCAGGCGAAUACGGCGACCACACGCUUGCUGCAAGGCUGGGUCAUCAAGAAAGGCAGCACUGUGGGGAUGGGUGUGGAAUGGUCUUCUGAGGAUGAAGAGUAUCAGCUCUUUGUGACCUUGGAGGGACGGCGCCAAGCGAGAACGGUGCCUUUGGCAGAUGACAGGAGCGAGUCCUUUGACCUCUAUCCUCUGGUGGGUGCCGAUCGCCCAGCUGUUCUGCUGGUGAACCUGGGUGCUUUUCCCUUCCUCUACAGCGACCCGCGACACCUCGCGGCGCUGGCCAAGCGAAAGGCCGCACGGGCAGAGUCGACUGCCAAGAAACUGAAGUAAGGGCACA